AAACUUUUUUCCUCCCCUCUCUCUCUCUGUCUUGAAGAAGAAGAAGCUACACGGGGAUUGCGAUGGAGCUAGAAUGAAAGAACCGGCUGUAACUUGGGGAUGUGAUUCGGAAAAGAUUGUGAAAUAUCUAGAGCAAAGAUUUGAUUUGGAUCGCAAGGCAUCCAAGUUGAAAAAGUUGCAAAUACGCGAGAAAGAGGCAGUCAUCAUCGUGUGGAAAAGACUUGGAAAAGUUGCUGAAGUUACACCAAAACCUUCCAGGAGGAUGGAUAGACAACUUGCACAAUGAUAAGAACAUAGGAGAAAUACAUUUUUUGGGAAUAUCUCCGGAAACGUUUUUUGUUUGGCGCACCAACGACGUAAAAGCUAUUCAGUCUAUGCGUAAAAGUCGCUGUACCGACGCAGGGAGAUAAGGUCGUAUCACUCGAUCUGUAUCCGGUCCGAUGGGGGCCGCGCCGGGCUCCGGCUGGGAAGAGGGUGAGUUCGAGUUUAAGUUGGUGUUUGAGGAGGACCAGGGGCCAUCACCGGUUCUCACAGCCGAGCCGGAGAGCUCUGUUCCCGGGGAGGAGAGUGCAGAGUGCGCCCUGCUGCACCUGGAGCCCUCCAGCAGCAGCAGUCUGGUUACAGAUAACCACCAUUCGAUCAGCAUCCCCAGCCCGCCGUCCUCGGCCAAUCAGCGGGCUGGGAUGCAUUCCCCGCCUCCACGCCGGGCCCAGAGCAGAGAGUUCAGCGGGACCUAUGAGAGCCUGCCGGCGCGCUCUGUGCAGGUUUCAGAGUCUCGCGUGGUGGAGUGUCCCAGCAUCCAGAUAACCACCAUCUCCCCUGAAGACGACCUCGCACCCUCAAUCUCCAGUUACUGGGACACAGGUGGAGGUGGUGGGGGGUGGGACAGAGAGCGCCUCUACCUCCCUCUGCUGGACCCCUUCACCUACAGAGACCGCUGCCCCGGCUCCCUCAGCCCCAGUCCGGGCUCCAGCCCCUCGUCCCGCGGCUGGCUAAGCCCCGCCUCCAGCUGCGACUCCCUGCUGGUGGAGGAGGAGGAGCUGACCGAGGCCACAAACAAUUUCGGGCUUUCGCCGUCCUCCAGGCCUACCUCUCCGGGGGGUAAAAAGCGAAGAAACUCCCCCCUGGUCUCUCCAUGUACUUCACGGAGGGGCAGCUACUCAGAGGAACUUCAGGGGUGCAACCUUGAAGGAGGGGACUCCACACCUCAGUCUCAAGCUCCACCCAACAGCUGCGAGCUCAGCAUCCCACAGAAAACCAGGAAGACGUCGUUGGAGCAGUUGUCUCCCAGGGAGUUGGAUCCGGAGCCGGCUCCAGGCCUCAGCUCCCCCUGCCCGCUGCCAGACAGCCAGCAGGUCAGGAGAGCACCCCCCCCUCUGGGCAUGGACUACCUCCCGGUGCCCCCCGCUCUCGCCUGGGGCCGGACCCGAGCCAGCGCCCAAAGCCCUCUGUUCAGGACUAACGCCUUGCCGCCACUGGACUGGCCGCUGCCGUCCCAGUUCGACCAGUACGAGCUGCGGAUCGAGGUGCAGCCGCGCCCUCACCACAGAGCGCACUAUGAGACGGAGGGGAGCCGAGGAGCCGUGAAGGCAACACCAUCAGGACAUCCUGUCGUCAAGGUGAUUCCCAAACCUGCAGAUUUAAGGCUCUGA